AUGGGUAAGCCACUCAGCAGGCCAGACUGUUUAAGGCGCAACCCCACUUGCCUGGGGAAAGGGGAGGAUGAGGACGGCUAUAUAGAGGAUUGCUAUGUUCCACAGCGUUCUAUAUAUGAUACAAUGAGGAUAAAUGAACAGAUUGACCAGGGAUCAAAGCUUAAUCAGACUUCAAAAAGCACCAUGGAGAAGAUGGAAGGAAGUACCAUAUCCAGCAAUGGUACAUUAGGAGCAGCAGCUAAUGUUUUUGAAUCGAGAGCACCAGAAAGCAAAAAGUUGGAUGAAAGAAUAAUUUUUGAUGCAUUAAAGCUAAGCAGUGACGUACAGAAGUCGGCACCUGUGCCACCCAGACGGCGGCCAAAUGCAGAGCGCAAAGACAAUAUUAACAGAAGAUCUUGGAAGUCCUUCAUGCCUCCCAACUUCCAGGAAUUUGCAGAAAGAAUGGAAGCUUCUCUCAGUGAAGUUUCAGAAGCUGGUGCUUCAAAUCCUUCUUUGCAAGAGAAGAAAGAAUCCAGUUCUGCAUUAACAGGAAGUUCUGGUAAUUUGGACCACAGGGAACCUCAAUCAGAGUCACUAACUUUGGAACAUGUGGCCAAAUCUACAGGUAUUCCAGGAGUGCAAGAUAUGAAAAACUUAAGUGGAGACUGCCAGGACUUCAGAUUCCAGCACCACAGUGAGAGCUCUCCCCAGGAAUUCCAUCCUGUAGAAUCAGAAACUGCAGCAGCAAGUGGUAACACAGAUGUAACACAGGAACACAGAUUCUCAAGUGCAACCUGGCCCAGGGCCACGAAAAGUUCUGCUACAGGAAGCUUUAGCGAGAAGCAGCACCCCCUUGGGGACACAGCCUGUACUGUGGAAAUACCACCUCUCUCACCUUGCCUCAGUGAAGAGCUGUUGGAUCCAGAAUUGCAUAUUCUCGUAACCCCCAGUCUUAGAGAGAAAACAGAGUCUGAGCUAAAGUUUGAGGAGGAUGAACGAUGGAUCAUGAUGGAGGCUGAGGAGGAGUGGGAGGAAGAGAAACUGUCAGAGAGAGAAAAGGCUCUUCUAAUGGCAGAUGAGAACAGCUUGGCAGAUAUUUUGGAAGAAAGAGAACAAGCAAAUACUGUAGCAGUAGUAGAGGAUGGAGCUAGUUGCUUAACUGCCACUUUGGGGACUUUUGACUCCCUACCUCUUGAUCAGAUUUGUUACUCUGAUAACCCACAGACAGCUAGGGAACAUUUGGCUUCUAAGCCCAAGGAUGCACCCCUGGUUUGUAGUUGUGUUCCUGCAGGUGAGGAUGCUAUUGAGAGGAAAAAUGGAACUGCUCAAGGGCUAGAGCAUCUUGUUUCAGAAUUAGAAUGUACUGUUGGGCCUGUAGAUGCAGAGCAGCUCUCGGAUACAGAUUCAGAGCAGAUGUUUCUUGAACUUGAAAAGGAGUGUUUAUGUGAAGAAGGAGUAGUUGAGCCACAGAAUCAAGCCUCUUCUGAAGGGCUGGCCCCAUCCCAGGAUGCAGAAAAUUCACUUGUAAUUAGUCAUUUUCCAGGGGCUGCCUUAGAAAAAGAACAACAUUUAGGCUUUUUAAAUGUAAGAGUAAAGGAUCAUGCUACCGGAUUGGAUUGUGAAUAUUUUAAUGCCCUGGAUUCUUCUCAGGUGCCUAAUGCUAGAGAACUUGUUGCCUACCCUGAAAUCAUGAGGGACAAUUCCACAGUUAGCAAGGAGUAUGAAAAAGUGCCUUUUAGCCCCAAGACUGGGGAGGAAUUUAAGUCUCCAGUUGAUCUGGAAUCACUGAGAGAGCUGAACCCAGGAGGAUUGCUUAUCUCUGAUCACAGGGCUUCUUAUGAACAAAAACUAUCAGGCUUUGUUACUUCUGAGCUAGCCAAAGAAGAUGGUAAUUUGUUCCAGGUAGACUGCAAUCAAACUGAGGAAAAUGUUGAGUGUAUUGAGAGUGUACCCCUCAGUUUUGCUUCUAACUAUGAACUAACAGUUGUAACCUCAGGACCUAAAGUAGAAGUGUUAUUGUACGAUUCAAAUUUAUUAACAAAUGAAAUUCAUUUGGAAAGUGAGAAAGGAGCUAUUAACCAAGAAAAUAACAGUCUGGCAUCCUUAGAAAAUGCAGUCCCUUGUGAAUUGUCCAUACAGAAAGUUUGUAAUGAGGCUAGUGAGGCAAAAGAGCUGGAUUAUCAAGCCAAGUUUGGGGGGGAUGGAGCCCCAGCACAUUUUCAUACAGAUUUCCCAGAGCAGGUCUUCCAGGAUCUCCAGAGAAAGUCCCCAGAGUUAGAGAUUCUGAGUCUGCACCUGCUUGCUGGAGAACUGAGACAUGGUAGUGAUGGAGUGGAAACUUUGAAUGAUGUAAAGCCUAAGCCAAAUGUGGCGUCAUCACAGGGAGAAAUGGAAUUGAGAGAUUCAGAUCCAUUCCUGAAUAUCUUUGCAGAGGAACAAGUUACCAAAGCUGGUAAUACUGAACCAGUUUUAGAGGAAUGGAUACCCAGCCUACAGAGACCUGCCCCAACUGCUGCAGUGCCUGCUGUAGAAGAAGAUGCCCUUGAUGCUACAGUGCCCACCCCAGAGGGCACUGCUGUAGCUGCUGAUGUUGUGUCCUUUCCAGAGGCUAACAUCCCGGUUGUGUUAAUGGUCACCCUAGAGGAGGAUGCAACAACUGCUGAAGUCUCAGGCCUAGAGGUGGCUGCUGCUCCUGCUCUUGGAGUGCCUGUUCCUGAGGAGUCUGUUCCAAUUGCUGCAGUGUCCUCAGAGGGGACUGCUGUAGUACCAGUCAAAGAGAAUGACACCCCAGAGGAGCCUGUCUCCCCAGCUCCUGCAGGGCCCACCACCCCAGAGGAGCCUCCUUCUCCGACUCCUGCAGGGCUCACCACCCCAGAGGAGCCUUCUUCGACUCCUGCAGGGCCCACUACCCCAGAGGAGCCUUCUUCUCCGACUCCUGCAGGGCCCACCACCCCAGAGGAGCCUGUCUCCCCAGCCCCUGCAGGGUCCACCACCCUAGAGGAGCCUUCUUCUCUGGCUCCUGCAGGUCCCACCACCCCAGAGGAGCCUUCUUCUCCAGUUCCUACAGGGCCCCCCACCCCAGAGGAGCCUGCCUCCUUGGUUCCUGCAGGGCCCACCAUCCCAGAGGAGCCUGAUACUCAAGCUGUUAGAGUGUCCACCCCAGAAGGGCUAGCCACCCCAACUGCUACAGUGCCUGCUCUAGAGGAAGUUUCCCCCACUAGUGGACCCUUCCUGAGAGGUGCUGUACACACUGAUUCAGUGCCUAUUGCAGAAGGCGGUAGUUCUGUACUGGGGGAGGCUUCUGCCACUGGAAUGUGGAUCAAGGAGGACCUGGAUCCUUCAGCAUUUGGAAUAAAAGAGGUGCCUGGCACAUUGCUACAUGGGAAAAUGCCUCUGACUGCAACUGGUGGAUUAAAUUCAAAUGAGGUAAUUAUUGCUUAUUUUGUUGCCAGAGAGGGUCUAGAGAGUAAAAUGAGAUUGGUGAGUUCUCAGACUUUGUGA